GCCGAGGACUGUGCAGCAUGCUGUGUGCGCUGCUUCUCCUGCCCAGCCUCCUGGGGGCCACCACGGCCAGCCCGAUCUCAGGCCCCCAGGAGUGUGCAAAGGGCUCUGAGGUGUGGUGUCGGGACCUGCAGGCAGCAGCAAGAUGCGGGGCCAUGGGGCACUGCCAAAGGACUGUCUGGAGCCAGCCCACCGCCAAGUCCCUGCCCUGUGACAUAUGCCAGGAAGUGGUGGUCGCUGCCGGCAAUGGGCUGAACCCGGACGCCCUGGAUUCCGACAUCCUGAAUCUGGUGAUGAAGACCUGCGCGUGGCUUCCCAGCCAGGAGGCCUCAGCCAGAUGCAAGCAGAUGGCAGAUGCUCACAGCUUGGCCAUCCUGAGCAUGAUCCACGGAGACCCGGCCAGCGCCCCAGCACAGGUGUGCAACUCGCUCAGUCUCUGCGAGCCGCUGCAGAGGCACCUGGCUGCUCAGGGGCCACUCUCUGAGGGGGACGUGUCUGAGGCAUUGGUUCCUUUCAUGGUCAACGGGCCCCUCAGCUUCCACCCUGCACAGGUGCCCAGGGGCGCUAUGUGCCGGGACUGUGUCCGGCUCCUCUCCUGGCUGCACGAUGCCAUGCAGUCCAACUUGACCUUGUCAGAGCUGAAUGUCCAGGAUCACUGUGAGUCCUUGGGGCCAGGCCUGGCUCUCCUCUGCAAGAACUACACCCUCCAGUUUUUUGCCUCUGCUGAGCAAACUCUGAGACUUCUCCCGCCACAGGAGGUCUGUGGGAAGGGGGGCUUCUGUGAGGAGGCAGGAGAACCUGCCCACCUGGCUCACGUGGAUGCCGUGGAUGAGGACCCUUCCCUGGAGCUGGGUUGGCCGAGGAAGAGGAGCGAGCUCCAGAUGACCUCUGGUGUGACCUGCGAGGUGUGUCUGAAAGUGGUCCAGGAGCUAGACCAGUGGCUCCAGUCCAACAGCACCGCGGCGAUGAUCAGUCACGCCCUGGAGCGCGUGUGCUCAAUCAUGCCCGCCUCCAUCGUCCAGCAAUGCAUCACCAUGGUGGACACCUACAGCCCCUCCUUGGUGGAGAUGGUGAGCAGGGUCACCCCAGAAAAGGUAUGUACCACCAUCCGGCUGUGUGGCAGCCGGAGGCGGGCCCGGGCAGUCCAUCGGGCCCAUGCAACCACGCCGUCCCGGCAGCUGAAUGAUCCGGAAAACCAGGGCAGCUUCUGCAGUGGGUGCAAGAAGCUGCUAGACAAGUCCUCCCAGAAUCUGGACCGCCAGAGCACCAAGAGGGAGAUCCUGAUGGCCUUCAAGCGCGGCUGCAGCAUCCUGCCGCUGACCUACAUGAUACAGUGCAACCACUUCGUCACCGAGUACGAGCCCGUGCUCAUCGAGAGCCUCAAGGACAUGAUGGACCCCAUGGCGGUGUGCAGGAAGGUGGGGGCCUGCCAUGCCCCCAGGACCCUACUGCUGGGCACCGACCAGUGUGUCAUGGGCCCGAGCUUCUGGUGCCAGAGCUCCGAGGCCGCCAGAAUGUGUGAUGCUGUGCAGCACUGCGAGCAGCACGUGUGGAAGAGGCCCUCCUCCCAGGAUGGGGCCCAGGCGUGAUGGAGCCCCCAGAGACCCAGGGCCAGCCGCGAGUCUCCCAGACUCAAAGGGCCCUAUGCAGUGGGCGCUGUCCCCAUCCCCAUUACACAGAUGAGAAAUAGGCCCUGAGGGGGCAGGCUGGAGGAGGGCAGAGCUGAGAUUCACAGCCAGCUAUUUCCGAUCCCGAAGAUCUGUCUCAACAACUACUCCAGGUAGCGCUGACCUUGCAAAUAUCUUUAAGAAACUGGAACAGAUGAUGUCCACCACCCCAACUCUGGCCAAAAUUGUCCCUUAGUCACGGUCACCGUGAUGUUGCCGAUGGUCUUGGGAGAGCCUGGCAGGGGCUUUAGGGCCCCCGCUACCCCUUGCUAGACAAACAUGGCAGCUGUGAGACAGCCUGGGAUCAUGGCUGGGUGAGUGAGGCAGGCGCUGGAGGGAGGUGUGACAACAGGCCACGACUAGUGGGACCGAUCCCUCUUGUCAACAGCUGGGGCCUGGGGGCCGGGACUCAUCUGCAGCCACCAUCACUCAGGUCAGAACUUCUCAACCCAGGUGCUUGGAGUGACCCCACAGGUACAAGUGAGCGCUCCCUAGACUCUUUGGAGAGGAGUCUGAGGCUUUGGCCCAGUUCUCCGAGAGGAACUGGGGCUUCUGGGUGGUCCUUCCAAUGACUCAGCCCACCUUGGGGACCCUUCUCUUGUACCCCAGCUUCUCAGCCACCCUGGUAAUGAGCAGAAGGAAAGUCUUGGAGUGUGCUAAAAAUCCAGAGGGCAAACUAUGCUGUGUGAAAGCCCCAGGAAUAGCCCAGAGGGUGCUGAGCGGCUGCUGGGCUGUGUGGGAGGGAGGGUCAAGGAGGGCCUGUGACGCUCGGCACGCCCCUUCACCUGCCGAGCCACCAUGUCUAGUCUGUGGGACAGGGAUGGGCACGCCUGCCUCCUGGGGAUGUUGAGACAGUUCAAGGAGAUGCGGAUCUCAACCCCCACCAGAGAGCAGGAUCUGUCUGCCUCCAGAGACCAGCGGAACCCGUCUCUGGAGGCCACUUGGGUCCCCAGAAGAGUCCUGCUGUGCGCCUACUUCAUAA